AUGGCAGCGAAAAUGUCAAGACCUCCCAUUUUUAUUCAAGAUUUGGUGAAGGGAAAUCAGGUCUGGAAAAUGCACAUUAGGGUGGUUGAUUUGUGGGUUGUUAGUGAGAAAAAUGGGAAACAACACCUUGAGUUGGUUAUAGUGGAUGAAAAGGGUGACAAGAUUCAUGUCACCACUUGGGGGAGAGACUUCCAAGAUUGGAUUGAAGUGGUCAAGGAGCAUGAAACGUAUUACCUUUAUAAUGGAGAGCCAGUUGACAAUGAUGGCCCUUUCAAAGUCUGUUUUAACCCACUUAAACUCAUUUUUAAUGGAGGGACUACCAUGUCAAAAGUGGAUUUACCAGAAAUACCAUCUCACAGCUACACUUUUCACCCUAUUGAGAGAUUUCUCAAAGGAGACUUCAAGCAUGACAUGCUGUAUGAUGUCAUUGGUGUAUUACAAGAUGUUGUGAAAACCCAGCAAGCAGGUGGCGGUAGGAAAUCUUGCGUCAAUCUCACUUUGCGUGAUGUAGAAGGCAAUGUGAUUGAACUGGUGUUAUGGCAGGAUUACGCCAAACAGUUUGUAACCUACACUACCCCUAACAACUUUGUCGGUCCUACUAUAAUUGUUUUGACACAUUCAUGGUGCAAGACUAAUGCAGUUUCCGGUUUACCAUGUCUUUCGAACGCAUGGAGCGGUUCUAAACUUUACAUCAACUUGGAACAUCCACAAGUUGAUGAAUUCAAAGCUAGUUUUGGAUCCAACCUACCUGUUGCUUCACAAUCAUUGACUUGCGAUUCAUCUGUUCAUUCUAACAACAAUUUUUGGACCAAAUUGUCUGAGGUCAAGAGUAUCCGCGCAGUAUCUGACUUUGGAAGGGACUGCUUUGCAACCACCAUUGGAACUACCACCUUUUUUAAUGCCUCCAGGUUUGGAUGGUAUUUUGAAACAAGCGGAAAAACGGAUGCUGAACGCGUUACUAAGUUCAAACUUGAAGUUGAGGUGCAGUAUGACAACCACACGGGGGUCUUUGUUUUUUGGGAUAAGGAUGUUAUUCCUUAUACUAAUCACACUGCUACCGAAUUAAGAGAAAUCAUGAAGAAGGCUGGAGAGGACAAUCCUAAGAUUUGGCCUACUCACCUAGAUGCCCUGUUGAAUAGACAAAUGGUGUUUCGUAUCAAAUAUCAAUCACAAUUCCGGCGAUUCUCUAUUGUGAAGAUACUGAACGAAGACGGCCUUUACAAUAAGUUUGACGCGUACCUCGCAGCGAAUGAGGUAAAACCUGCUGCUGAUUUGGAAAUGGACACAACUUCUCCAUCUCUUAAUCCAAACCAAGACACACAAACUUGCGAACAAUCGAGCGUUGCUCAACCAGAAGAGGCUGCUAACCAUAAGGGGAGUCCUUCCGCAAGCUGCAGUAGUACUCCUGCCAAGAGGGUCGCUACAUCAACCUCGAUCAAUGAUCUCAUUCAGGCCGAUGAGCUCACUCCUAAACAAUCGGCUACUAAGUCCAAGAAUGGAAAAAAGACAAAGCACCUCAAAAAGGACUAA